AUGGCCAUCAGCGCGCCCCUCACCAACGGCCGCACCCCCCUCGGCGCAAAAGACGCCCUAAACGGCGACCCCAAAGCCGCCGAAAAAGCUCUCGCGGCGCCAAACCCACCGUCCCUCAACGUCCAGGACGUCGUUCUCGGCUCGCAAAUCAUAAAGCCUUGGUUUUCCUCCGAAGGAUAUCCCGAAGAGCUUGUCGGAAAGAACGUAGAAAGGCUCUUCAAUUCGUGUGCCCUCCGCGCGGCACCGCCCCCCGGGACGCUCAUCUACGCCAAAGCGAACCUCUCGAUCUACGAGCUCGACGGCGCGGAUGCAAAACUCUACACGCAGAAUCUCUCGCUGUUUGCGAAGCUCUUCCUGCAUGUGAAGAGCGUGUUCUACGACGUUUCUGCAUUUCUGUUCUACCUCUUGGUGCUGGAUGAAGCACAGCCACAGCCAGAUAUCCCGAACACAUCGCCCUCUUCCAAAUCUAACUCCAAUGCGGAUAACACAGGAAGAGGAGGAGGCCAGGUCGUGGGAUUCUUCUCCAAGGAAAAGCUCUCCUGGGACAACAACAACCUCGCCUGCAUCUGCGUCUUCCCACCCUGGCAGAAGCAAGGCCUCGCACAGGUUCUAAUCGCAGCGUCGUACGCGCUCGGGAGGAAAGAAGGGAGGCUGGGCGGCCCGGAGAGACCGCUGAGUAGCCAUGGGUAUGCCGCGUAUAUGCACUACUGGUCGCAGACGCUUGCGCGCACGGUCGUCCAGUGGCCUGAUAGGCAGCUUACGGUUGAAGAGCUGCAUGAGGAGACGGCUAUCGCGGUGGACGAUAUACAUAAUACGCUGAGUGCGAUGGGGGUGCUUGAGAGGAGGAAGAAAGGGGUUGUUGUGAAUAGGGCGAGGGUGAGGGCUUGGGCGGAGGUGAGUGGGGUGGGGUUGGAGAGUCCGAUUGAUGAGGAGGCGUUUGUGGUGCGUUCGGACGAUGAGGAAGAUGAAGACGAAGAGGAUGAAGACGAGGAGUAG